AUGUCCGCAACAAGCCAGAACCAAUCAUGUACUGCCUGCGCUCAAUCCAAGCGGAAAUGCAAUAAGCAGCGACCCUCGUGCCGACGAUGCCGCGAUCGAGACGAAGACUGCGUGUAUCGACCACGGAAGAAGCAUUGCCGGCAAAGGCGACCUUUGACCAAUGCCUUCGAGGCGGAACAGCACAUUAUUGGAGAUGACUUGAUCGUGACUCCACCGCAUGACUGGCCAGCCUUGUCCUUCCCAGAUCCGGCUCUAGACUUCACCACAGCAGGCUGGUCCAUACCACCCUCACCAAGAGCGGAUGGCGGCAUUGUGACACAGUCUUUGCUCCCCAUCACUGCCAUUCUUCCCACCAUUCCUCCAGACCAGAGCUUAUGGUUCCUGCAAACCGACAGCUGGACCCUUCAUCAGAAUGACGAACUAGCCUCUUGUCAGUCUACGACAGAUCUUGAAGCAGUCUUCGAUACUGUCAGAUCAAUGCUAGUCCGUUGGAUCGAGACCGGUAGCAAUGGUUUCAUUCACUCGAAGUUGUACGAGUAUGGUAUGCCUACGUCUUUACAGGAUGCUUUCGUCAUCUUCGCCUCUUAUACUGCCGCGACACCUGCGAUGAGGACGACGGUGUUGCAGAUUGCUGAUGAGAGGGCUCGGAGGCUUAUACAGGAGAGAGUGAGUACUGCAGAUGAAGGAUUAGGCGAAGUCAGGGCGCAGCUGAGUCGGGUGCAUGCACUUUUCGUCUUGGUGUUCAUCCGGCUCUUCGAUGGUUCAGUGAGAUUUCGCGCUUCGGCGGAGAAGCAGGUGCAUAUCCUCCGGAAGUGGAUGAAUGACUCGAGGAUGGUUGCGACUGGUCAUCGUGGAUAUCACGCCCUGGCUAUGGAAUUGACUGGUGUCGAUCGACGGUCCGCCACAACAAGCAUUUGGCACUCCUGGCUCGAGAUCGAAAGCGUCCGCCGCACCCUCCUCAUCGUUCAAACCAUCGCGAAUGUCUACCAUUGUAUGACAGUCGGCCACGCAACAUGCCACGGUGCUGUAAUGAUAACAGCACGAAAGGGGAUGUUUGAAGCCCAGACUUCGGCCAAAUGGCUUGAUAUCUGUAGUAGUAUUGAAGAACCACUUCUUGUUCCACCGCUGCGGCCGACGGCGUGGAUGCUGGAGCACUCGAGCGCGGAUGUUGAUGAAUUUGUGUUGGAGUAUUGGAGGUAUAUUGUUGAGCCGGAUAGAUUGAAGUGUUGGGUUGACAGAGGUCGACGUGAUCAUACUGUCGACGAAUGA